AUGACAGAGCGAUUUGAGGACAGCGCUCCGGACGUCGCGCCGAAGCAGCGGAGGAUUCGUCGCACGGCUACUGAUAUCGCCAAGAACAAGCGCACUGAUGCUGCUGCAAUAGCCGAAUUCGCUCUCAACCACCGAAUUAAAGAGAACAGGCGCUCAUCCGAUCCGAGCCAUACGAAGCGACUCGCCCGGCACAUUUCCCAGCUGCGAUAUGCUCAGACUGAUGGCAUAGCGGAGCUACCUCUCGCUGCAGUCGUUGAUCUGACUCGGUCUUUCACACCCUCGGAAUGGAUGGCCAUAGAGAAUAGCCCAGAUCAGUUCAGGCGUGCGAUGGAAUUUUACAGAAACGAGGUCCUCGAACUUGAUGCCACCUGGAUGACGUACUACAGAAAUCUCGAUCCACGAUGUGCCCGACUCUGCCUCUUAGAAGUAGUUCUUGACGCUUGGAAAGGAGACGUCGGCGCAAUUCUCGCUGACAUGGCCAAAGUAUCUAACAAGGCCUCUUUCCAUCAAGUGAGGGUUGAGGGACACGAUGACUCGUCGCAAAGCACCUCGAUACAAGCGACAUCACACGCCGGAGCAUCAGGGUCCGACAGGCUGAUCCAGGUUAGACAAGAUAUCGCUACUGCGGAGGGCAUUCAAGAAGACCAAGACGACCAAGACAACCAAGACGACCAAGACAACCAAGACGACCAUGCUGCGAACGCCCAGCGUGAUAUCGUCAAUCGAGCCGAUGCCUUGUGCAGGCAGACGCAACAGGGCAGUCUUCUUCAGCCCAAGGCAACCAACGGGCUGGACGAUGUGAUGAAUCACGCAGCGGUGCAAGUGGCUUUCAACCAUGACGAAUACAGGGAGGACAUUGAACAGGCGACGGCGGACAACCUUCGACGUGAGCUAGCGAUGCGCGCGAUGGCUCAAGGUGACCCCCCUUCCUCGAGAGCACAGUUGGCGAAGAGGCUGCGGGAGACGACGAACCACAGUAUCAGGCAUCUCCAUCGGUCGGCUCUUCAUGGGAUCGAUACCAUCGGCGACUACGAGUUCAAGAUCAAGGUGAACAGUACUCUUGGCCUCGCUUAA